GAUUUAUUUUUGGAGGAGAUGCAGCCUCGUGUACGCAGGAAGCACUCUGAGACUCUAAUGAUGAGCACGGCGCUGUUAGUCACAGAGUAGCCUCGCUCAACAAAGCUUGUCUUCAGUGCCUCUAUGAUAAGUGCAAAAGGCUAAAGCGCGCCCGAUUCUGCAGCCCUGGAGAGCGUCUGACCCGUUGGCACCCACUUGCCCUGCCCUCCAGCCUCGAGGACCUCUGUGCACAGGAACGCCUCUUUCGUGGCUGCGACAGGGGGAAUUAGGGAAGACAUGCAGGUUCACUGGCCCUGUUUAGGGGCUUAUCUUGGGCUAAGCUGAAGCACUAAUAGCAAAGCCAGCCUGUGCUCCAGCCGGCGUGAGGGCACAGGGAGCCAUCUGUCCACUCUGUGCAGGAACCGACAACAAAGGGAGCAAACACUGAGUCCAGACUUUAUAGUGGAGGCUUGUUCUUUUCGGAGCCACCACAGGUUGCGAAGAGGAAGAAGAGUUUUCUCCAUAAGGUGGGGGAUGGCGGAAGAAGGUGUUUUAUUCAUCAGUUUCUAGUGUUUACGUCAAACUUAAGAAAUUAGAGAAUGUCUGCCAAAGAGGAAAUGGCUUCAGAUGGGAAUCUAAAUGUCACACUGACACUGAGGCUGCUGAUGCAUGGAAAGGAGGUUGGCAGCAUAAUUGGCAAGAAAGGAGAAACAGUGAAGAAAAUGAGAGAAGAGAGCGGCGCCCGCAUCAACAUAUCAGAGGGUGUGUCCCCAGAGAGAAUCGUGACCAUCACAGGACCAACAGACGGCAUCUUCAGAGCAUUCGCCAUGAUCGCACAGAAGUUUGAGGAGGAUAUCACUGCAGCGAUGACAAACAGCAACGUGACAAGCAAGCCACCUGUGACGCUUCGCCUGGUUUUCCCUGGGAGCCAGUGUGGCUCACUGAUUGGCAAAGGAGGCUCAAAGAUCAAAGAGAUCAGAGAGACCACAGGCGCCCAGGUUCAGGUGGCAGGAGACAUGCUGCCGGACUCGACAGAGAGAGCUGUCACAAUCUCGGGCACGCCGCAGGCCAUCACUCAGUGCGUGCGACACAUCUGCUCUGUCAUGCUGGAGUCCCCACCAAAAGGAGCCACUAUUCCUUACCGUGCUAAGGUGAUACCUGCAGCAGCCCAGGCUAUGUUAGCGCAACAGCAUUCUGCACCGGCUUUUGCGAUUCCAGGGCAGUACGCCUUUACGCAUCAAGAUUUGACCAAGCUUCACCAGUUGGCUAUGCAGCAUAUCCCCCUCCCUUCCCUUGGGCAGAGCAACCCUACCUUCCCUGGAUUGGAUGCAUCUGCCCCCACAACUUCACAAGAGCUGGCAAUACCUAAUGACUUUAUUGGCUGCAUAAUUGGAAGACAGGGCAGCAAGAUCAAUGAGAUUCGCCAGGUCUCUGGAGCUCACAUCAAAAUUGCCAGCGCCUCUGAUGGCUCAGCCAUGCGCCAAGUCACGAUUACAGGCUCGCCAGCCAGCAUCAGUGUGGCUCAGUACCUCAUCAAUACCAGCUUAGAGAUGGCUAAAUACACCAUGCAGGCUGUUUCCUCUGCAACCCCAGUUGACCUCAACAUCAGCUUCUCUCAGCCUGCUCCCACCGCCUCCACCGCUACUUCUAUGGCUAUGUUGGCUGCCACCACCCCAGUCCCCACCGCCAUUAACGUCCACUCUCCCUCCACCUUACCAACCAUCCAAACCCCGCACUACGCCGUCCCCAUUUCCAGUUUGCUUGGCAUGAAAACGCUCCCUGUCCUGGCUGUUCACCCAGCAGCCGCUUCCAGCCUAGCGCAGGGUUUAUCCCCUUACACAGCAAAAAUGGCCGCCUCCAGCGGCAAAAAAUCUGACCGGCAGAAGUUUUCUCCUUAUUGAUGUUUGACAUUUAAAUCCAGUAACUGUAGCUAACUGGAAACACCAUAUUAAAUGGUGAUUUAAUAUUAGGAAUUUAGGCCUAUAAGUGGCUCACACCAUUGUGUGUAAGUUAUGACAAUAUUGCACUUGUCACAACUGGAAUCAUGGUUUUAGGAAGGACAUGUAUCUUAACUGUUUGUUCUUUAAAAUUAGUUCAUAUCUCUGGGACUCUAGAAAUGAAAAUGUGAAAAAACACCUCUUUUUCAAACAAUAAAGACAGAAACUCAGAGGAAAAAAAGUGAUCAUGUGAGACAUGAACAA